AUGAGGGAGAUCGCUCCACCAUCAACUCCAAAGUUAAAUAUUAUCACAAGGACUAGAGGUGUGGCAGGAAGAAAGAGACCUACAAGGGGUGUGAAAGUGGAGUCUAAGGAAGUCGUGAACUCGAAAACAAGUGAGGACUCGACAACAGGUGAUGAUACACCAUCGGUACCAACAAACAAACCAAACUUGGUUUGUGGUCCUGGUGGUAUGGCGAUACCAAAGUUCAAUCCAGCAGCCGUGUCAUUAAGAUCGAUGCCAAAGAUGCCAUUGAGGGAUCAUCCCGUGAGUACCUCAAAUCCAGAGCUGGCAUAUCAGUUGAAGAAAGUGCAUUUGGAGGAUAGACCAUCCAACAAUACAUCAUCAUUGCCUUCAUCACCAGUUAUACCUAGACGACCUGUUGCAACAAUCCAGCCUCUACCAGGUCUAGACCUCCCACUUCCACCACCUCCUCCAAAUGUCCCACCUGUAACCCAACUUCCACCAUUUGUAAAUAUUUCCUCAAUACCUCCACCUCCUAUGCUCAACUUUCCACUUCCUCCUCCACCCAUAUCAUUACCACUUCCACAUCCACCAUCAAUUGUACAUUCCAUUCAAUCAACAUCAGUAUCCCAGAUGAAUCUUCCAUUGCCACCUCCUCCUUCCCAGCUUGCAAUGUCAUCUCCAUCAUUUCCACCUCCACCAUCAAUGACCUCCACUUCAUUAUCGUUGCUCUCAAGGUCUUUUGAGUUGCCUCUGCCUCCAGUAGUUGUAGCAUCUGGAGCUACAUCAGGUACUCAAUCAUCAGGACAAGGUAGUCAUGCACAUGAAUCAUACCAACAACAGAGUACAGCCUACCGACAAGGACCAAGUGGUGGUAGUGUUGGAAAUGAGUCAACAACACUAAAGGAGACUAUAUGGAUAGAGCAUCUUACCAAUGAUGGUAGGAGAUACUAUCAUGAACGUAUAUCAAAUGUAACAUCAUGGACCAAGCCCAACGCACCAUUUCAAACACUUGAGCAGUACAAAGCCCUUAACAAACAUCAACAGCAGCCUCCACAAAAACAACUACAACAUCACCAACAGCAACAACCACCACAACAAGUUUGGAUUGAACAUAUUACAGCAGAGGGCAAGAGGUAUUAUCAUGAGAAGAUAUCAAACAUUACAUCAUGGACUAGGCCAAAUGCACCUUACCAAACAAUCGAUGAAUACACACCAGUACAAGUUGGUUCGGCAACCGCUGGAAGUGGUAACAAGUCAUCAUCAGGUAGUCUACACAGUGGUGACACUGAGAAGAAGAGAGUUGGUGGAAUACUUAGCUUCUUCCUCCGUUCACGACCAUCCAAGCAAGAGUUGGAGAAACGCAACAUCUUACACAAGUGA